AUGGUUAGAAAAUUGGAUGAAUGUUUUUGUGAAAGAAAAAUGAGUUUGUGUACGGCCAGCAUAAGUGACAUCAGUCAGACUGUGAGGGACGGUGCCGUCCUUCCAGCAGAUAAGAGGCUUUCCUGUCCUGAGUGCGGGAAGUGUUUCCCUUCAAAAUCAAAACUUAAUAGUCAUAAAAGAUAUCACACAGGUGAGAAGCCGUAUUCCUGUCCUGAGUGUGGGAAAUGUUUUUCACAGAAGUCCAAUCUUAACAGACAUCAGAGAACUCACACAGGGGAGAAGCCGUAUUCCUGUACUGAGUGCAAUAAGUGUUUCCCUUGUACAGCCACUCUUAAUAAGCAUAAAAGGUCCCACACAGGGGAGAAACCAUUUUCCUGUCCUGAGUGCGGGAAAUGUUUUUCAGUGAAGUCCAAUCUUUACAUACAUCAGAGAUCUCACACAGGGGAGAAGCCGUAUUCCUGUACUGAGUGCGGUAAGUGUUUCCAUUCUAAUUCCAAUCUUACUAAGCAUAAAAGAUCGCACAAAGGGGAGAAACCAUUUUCCUGUCCUGAGUGCGGGAAAUGUUUUUCAGAGAAGUCCAAUCUUGACUCGCAUCAGAGAUCUCACACAGGGGAGAAGCCGUAUUCCUGUACUGAUUGCGAGAAGUGUUUCCAUUCUGAAUCCAGUCUUAUUAAUCAUAAAAGAUCUCACACAGAUGAGAAGCUGUAUUCCUGUCCUGAGUGUGGGAAAUGUUUUUCAGUGAAGUCCAGUUUUUACAGACAUCAGAGAUCUCACACUAGGGAGAAGCCGUAUUCCUGUCCUGAGUGUGAAAAAUGUUUUUCAGAGAAGUCCAGUCUUUACACACAUCAGAGAUCUCACACGGGGGAGAAGCCGUAUUCCUGUCCUGAGUGCGGGAAAUGUUUUUCAGUGAAGUCUCAUCUUUACUCACAUCAGAGAUCUCACACAGGGGAGAAGCCGUAUUCCUGUCCUGAGUGUGGGAAAUAUUUUUCAGAGAAGUCCCAUCUUUCCACACAUCAGAGAUCUCACACAGGGGAAAAACCAUUUCCCUGUCCUGAGUGCGGGAAAUGUUUUGCAGUGACGUCUCAACUUUACAGACAUCAGAGAUCUCACACAGGGGAGAAACCAUUUUCCUGUCCUGAGUGCGGGAAAUGUUUUGCAGACAAGUCCAGUCUUUACAAACAUCAGAGAUCUCACACGGGGGAGUAUGAGGAGAAGGCUGGUAAAGUUUUGGCCUACUUGGUCCAUAGUGAAGACCGACCUCCGGUGGUCAUUUCUCUAUGUGGCCCUGAUGGCCUACAAAUUACAGAUCCGCUUAGGGUGUCCUCCAUGUUAAGGGACUUUUUUGCUGAGCUGUAUUCGUCCACGAGCCCGCCAGAUGUGAGCCCAAUGGAUUAUUUUCUGGAGGACCUUGUGUUUCCUCAUUUAAACGAUGACCAAGUCGAACUUUUGGAGGCUCCUCUCACCACAGAGGAAAUAGCAGAUGCUGUUGCCGUGUUUGCCAGAUCCAAGUUCCCAGGCUCUGAGUGA